AUGUCCGGGACAGAUAGGAAAAAGCAGUAUAAACACAAGGCUCAUGAUGCGGCAGCGCUAAGAAGCAAGAGGCGAGAGGCAGAGGGAGAGUUACGGAAAGAAAAGCGUGAAAAACUGGUGAAUGCUAAACGUGCUCGUGUAGAUGAAGCUCACCAGGAUCUUGAUGAUGUCACAAUGGAAGAGGUUACGAAAGCCACUUCCCUAUUCCACAAAAGUUCAAAGACUCAGCAUGAAAAGCUGACUAUCUUGAAACGUGCUUUUGCUCAGGGGACUGUCUACAUUGACCACUUUAUGCAAACAGAGAAUGCAGUUGAUCAGCUGAUUGGUCUGUUAUCUGGCAAUGAUGCUGAUGUACAGCUUGAUGCUGCAUGGUGUGUUACAAACAUAGCAACAGGCACAGAUGAUCAUGCUUAUGCAAUGGCUAAAGUAGCAGGUCCUUAUUUGGUCACAUUCCUUAGUGGAAGCAACCACAUGCUCCAAGACCAGUGUGCCUGGGCUCUUGGUAAUAUAGCAGGGGAUGGACCCAAGUGUCGAGAUCUCGUGAUUCAACAAGGGGCUCUCCCACCCCUGGUGCAGUUGCUUCAGGCGCCACAACCAAGCCUUGUCCAAUCAGCAGCUUUUGCUCUUUCUAACAUGAUUCGUGGAGAUGGUGCAAACACCAAAGCUCUGGUUGAUCUUGGUGCUGUUCCUCUCCUACUGAAACAUAUUACUCUUCAGGAAGAUAACCAAGCAUUGGUCUCAGAGGUUUGCUGGGUAUUAACCUACUUAGCAGUAAGUGGGGACCAUGAGAAAGAGCUGGUUGAUGGUGGAUUUCUGGAGACACUGGCCACACUUCUGGUUGCAGUCUCCAAUACUCAGGAACAUAACAUACAGAUACUCACACCUGCCUUGAGAUGUCUUGGUAAUGUUUGCAGCGGACCAAAUGAAAUUACCCAAAGAAUCUGUCAAAAUAAGGAGCUUGUACCAGCCCUUGGUAGAUUCCUACAUUCUGACCAUCAUCAUGUAAGGAAAGAAUGUCUCUGGGCCUUAUCAAAUAUGACAGGUGACACUAGCGUAUGUCAGAGUGUGCUUGAUCAUGGCCUUCUUGCUCCGAUCAUAGCACUACUGGGGACAUCUUUUGAUAUUAAAAGAGAAGCUGUUUACUGUCUUUGUAACUUAGCCUAUCAGGGUCCUAACUUCUGUCAAGAGAUGUUAAAAGCUGGUGUCGUACAAGGAGUUGUCCCUCUACUCAAGUCCACUGAUAUAGAUGUCACUCAUGUGUCUUUGUCUUUCGUUGAGAUGAUGCUCCGACUCACUGAUAAUGCAAAGAAGAUCUUUGAAGAGGCCGGAGGUAUGGGAGCUUUAGAGUUGUUAGAGUACCAUAGCAACGAACAACUCCGUGCACAAACAAAUGAUCUCUUGGAGAAAUAUUUCUAUACACAACCCGUCGACAUGCACGACAACCAAUAAAACAUGCGCAUACAGCUAACCUCAGGUGUCCCAGCUUUCAUUCAGUGAUAUAUUUCCUCAUCUCUGCUUGUACUUGAUUUCAUUUUUCUCUCAUUCACAAGAAAUGACCAUACUCAACUGAAAUAAUUAUAUCUCUUUUUUACACUAUUUUACGCUUUUUAAUGAAUUAGUGUUAAAAGUUAAUUGAUAAUUUGAUUAAUUUUAAUUACU